UGUCAGUUUCACUUCCAUUUUCUCAUUGUUUUUUAACUCUACCUUUAAUUUAUUCAAGAAUGUUUACAUGGGAUGAGCACUUUGUAAAACUGAAACAAUUUGAGUUUGUAAGCUUAGGGAAACAUAUUUGAAUGGAGGCAGCUCAUCUCUUAAAUUUGUUUGCUAAGAUUUCUAAACCAGUAAUCACACUUUUGGCUUCGCCCAGAAAUAAUUUUUCAUUUUUUCUUUAUGCCUUCACAUGCUCAUUUGUUUGGAUAGGAUUCUCCCACAUCUUAAUAUUUUAGUUCUUCAGUCCCAGUUUUCAUUUUCUUUUUGCACAUAUGGAUUGACACUGCCAUCAAUCUUCAGUUCCUACGAGGGAUCAUAACUGCAAAUUUAAGUCCAUUGGGUUUACAUUUUGGUAUGUGUGUAUUUGAUUACCCUAUAAGAUGUUUACAUGUGAUAGGCAUUUGGCUGUGAUUCCGGCAAGGUGAAGGGACUUCAGAUUUCUAUUUUUCAGAUCCAAGAUGAUGGAUCUUGAUGCAACAUAAAGAAAUUGCUUUCAAAAAAAAAAAAAAAGAACGGAUUUCAAAUGCAGUGUGUGAUAGAAAGUCAGAAUUUGCCAUUUCAUAUGGGAGAGAAGACUUUUGAGGCACUCCCAACAGCCUUGGCUAUGUGGCAGAUCCAGAUUAUCUGGAUUCUAAUACGAGUGAAAGAAAAAGCACAAAAGAGGAGUGGCAGUGAAUCCCACCAAGCCUCAGAUUAAGAAAAUGAAUAAGUUCCUGGAUGUGAGAUGGCCACGUUGAAGAGCCGUGAUACAUAGAAACUGGAAAUGGCCAUGAGAAGCUCUCAUUUCACCUAGAGGUCGAGGAACUCUGACGAUAAUAUCUUUGAAUCAUAGAAUAAUAGAGUUGGAAGAGACCACAUGGGCCAUCUAGUUCAACCCCCUGCCAUGCAGAAAAAGCACAAUCAAAGCACCUUUGACAGAUGGCCACCCAGCCUCUAUUUAAAAAGUCUCCAAGGAAGGAGCUUCCACCACACUCCGAAGCAGAGAGUUCCACUAUUGAACAGCUCUCACUAUCAGAAAGUUCUUCCUAAUGUUCAGGUGGAAUCUCCUCCUGUAAUUUGAAACCAUUGCUCCGAGUCAUGGUCUCUAAGGCAGCAGAAAACAAGCCUUCUCCCUCUUCGUUAUGACAGCUUUUCAAAGGGCUGGAGAUGGUUCAAAAUUAAUCUUCCUUAUACAAACUCAAGUCCUGGAGUUGGGCCAGUUGGACAUGGCAGCUUCAGCAAGUUCUCAGAGACAACGCUCUCCUAUGUGUUUGCUGUAGAUUAGAUUUGCAGGAUAAAAUCUUCAGUAAAUAUGAAGCACUCGUCGCAAAUAAUCAGAUGACAAGGAUCACCGAAAUUUGCUUGGCAUUUUUUUUACACAAAUCACUUGUACAACGUGGCAGUCUAUAGCACAAUGUAAUAUGGUUGGGUAGUUAAGAAACUUGCUGAGGGAGGGGUUUCCUGACAACUGAGAGUAGAGACUUUAUAAGAACCUACUAGCUAGUAUGCAAUACCAAGAACCUAAGCAGAAAAGCCUAGUGAGAAAGAGCUUGCAUUUCUGAAGUGCAAGUACAACUGGUUUAUAACCCCAAGGUAAGUUUUCAGUGGGAGUUGAGGUCCAGGCUCCAAACCGUCUUGGUUCUCCACUGCUGGGAUAAAAGAACUGGCCAUUUCUUUAAUGCUGAAGAACCACUGGGACAAGUUAUAAGAAUGAACCUGCAUUUCCAGUUCAAGAGCAUUGCGCUGUGUCUGUUUAUCCUGGGGAUUCAGCAAUCCAGAAUAAAGGCAGUACCUCAGGCACCUGAUGAAGGAUAUGAUUGUACAAAAAUAUUUGCCGAAGGUUCUUACACCAGCAGUGGACCUUACCUGGCCAAGCCAAUUAAGUCACUUCCUCCUUUCUUGGUCUUCUGUGAGAAUCGAUCAGAUGGAGGUUGGACUGUUAUUCAGAGACGCAAUGGGAGAGGUGCUGAUGGUCACCCUGUGAGUUUUUACAGACCAUGGCUUGACUACAAAAAUGGAUUUGGAGAUGUUAAGUGUGAACAUUGGUUGGGGCUUGAUCACAUACAUGCGUUGACCCACCAGGAAGGCAAAACUUGUCAGCUUCGAGUGGACAUGAUUGAUUGCCAAAACCAGCAGGGCUAUGCCCUUUAUGACAACUUCAGCAUUGACAGUGAGAAGGACCUUUAUCGCCUCCAUUUGGGAAAGUAUGAAGGAGACAGAGGAGAUGCCUUCCGAGCAAAUUCAUAUUCAAAGAAACAAGAUGGCUAUCCAUUCAGUACAUACGACAACGACAACGACGGCUGUGACCCAUGCAUUAGGGGAGACAUAGCCUUUUAUAGUUGCGCAGAAACCCAAGCCUCUGGGUGGUGGUACAGCGACUGCGGCCUGUCGGAUCUCAAUGGGGAUUGGCACAACCAAACCGAAUGCAUAGGCUGGGCAUCUGCGAUAUCCUGGGACACAUGGAGUAGUUACCGUUCAUUAUUGUCUACUGAGAUGAAGGUGAAAUGCACCUAAAAUUGGAGAUUCUUCAGCCCAGUGCUUGGAAAAUGAGUCUGUUAUCUGUUUAGAUUUCUAAAUCAUCACAAAUCUGGAGGAAGAUCAUACUAUGCAAAUAAACAUGAAAUGAAACAGAAGAUGGUAGGUAAUGCUGUCCAACAAAUUGCUAUAUAUGCACUAUGCUGUUAAUCACUUUUAAUUGAUAUUAAAAAUAAACUGAGAUGAUAAAGCAAAUAAA